AAUUGAUCUACUCCCACUCCCUGUAUAAAAACACCUUUCACUCCGUCUAGUGAUCUCACCCCAAUCAAAUUUUCUUACAAGAGCAAAAUAUAUCAGCAAUGCCCAAUUGUACUGAUCACAAUCCCAACUCCUCUUCCUUCCUCUUCCUCAUCUUCUUAUUUCUCUUCUUCGUCUCUGUCUCGCUCUCCUCCUCUCUCGACUGCAACGCUGGCGACCGAGCAACACUUUUAAAAAUUAAGGACCAGCUUGGCAAUCCUCCAGAGCUUGCUUCAUGGCAGCCAGGCUUCAAUUGCUGCAGUUGGAACGCCAUCGAAUGCAGCGAAUCCGGCCGCGUCUACCUCGUCGCCUUCUUCCGCCUCACUCUGCAGGCCUCCUCCGUCCCCGUCCCUGCCGCCCUUGGCGACCUCCCCUUCCUCCGCACCAUCCAGCUCGACACCAUCCCGGGGCUCGCCGGCCCCAUCCCCUCCUCCUUCUCCAAGCUCUCGCAGCUCGAGAUUCUUGACGUCGAAUCCACCAACGUCUCCGGCCCCAUCCCCGCCUUCCUCUCCCGCACGAAUCUCAGCGCUCUCAUCCUCUCCAACAGCAAUUUCUCCGGCCCAAUCCCCACGGCCCUCGCGAGCCUGCCGAACUUACGCUACCUCGAUCUCAGCGGCAACCGCCUCUCCGGGCAAAUACCGCCCGGAUUGCUGCACGGGACCUUCAGGUUCCUUAUACUGUCCGACAACCAAUUGUCGGGCGAGAUACCGAAGGACUACGGCGAGGGCGACAUCGACACCGUCGAUCUCUCGCACAACGAGCUCACCGGGGACGCGUCGUUCCUGCUCGGGAUCACGAAACCGGCGACGAAGCUUGAUUUGUCGUGGAACGAGCUCGCGUUCGACCUGACCCGAGUGAUGGUGCCGCACGGGUUGACGUACUUGGAUCUGAGCCACAACAGGAUCAAGGGGAGGGUGCCCAAGUCGCUCAAGGACGUGAGGUUGCACUACUUGAACCUCACGUACAAUGAGCUGUGCGGCGAGAUCCCAACGGGGAGGUUCAUGGUGUACCAUAAGGCCGAUUCUUACCUCCACAACAAGUGCCUUUGUGGGACUCCGCUCCCCGCGUGCCGUCGCCUGUCUAGAAAAAUUCUAGAAUGCAACGAGCAUAUUAAUGACAGGCCUUUGUGGGACUCCGCUCCCCGUGUGCCGUCGCCUGUUAAGAAAAAUUCUAAAAUGCAACGGGCAUAUUAAUGACAUGGCGUAAUAAAUCAAUCAAAAAUCUCUUUUUAGAAAUAUAUGUCACAUUAUGAUUAUAAAAAAAUAUUUUUAUUA